AUGAACCAGGGCAAGCCAAAGCAGGCAGUACGACUUAAAAUGGAAGAAAUGGAGGAUAAACUAGGGUCAGAUAGCAUGUACAAAGAUUCAGUUUUGCAAGACAUAAGGAAGGCAAAAGAUUCGAUACUUCCGAUGCGCCUGCGCUUUAACGACUUGAUUAACACAAUUGCUUCCAUAGAUAAGACGCAAGGAAAAUCAUCUCAGGAAAAGUUCACAAUGAUUCGUGCCAAAGUCUUAGAACUGAGCACAGAAAUUCAAAGUUUCUGUGGGGAAUACCAUAAGUUGCAGCCCGUAUUUGAAGCAAUGCAACAGUACUCUAAAGAGGGAAAAACUUCUAAGAAAUUUACCCCACUCGAGACCCUUAGACACGUUAAUGAAGUUACUAUCAAUACACAAAGCAAACCCCCCAACGCAACUUCGCCCUCGAAUGCUAGAUUGAACAAAUCCAACGUGAAUACACCGGCAAGCAAUGUACCCACUCCUUCUGCUGGUGGAAAUGUGGCUGUUAAGAAACCGAGAAAACCUCGCCAGAAGAAAAACUCAAUCCCAGGUGCCGCCAGUAUCCCUCUUCAGGCUAGUCCUCCAACCAACCCGUCACAAAUCUUGUCGAAUAUGUCCCCUAUGAACAUGAUGAGCAGCCCCAUGAGUACAAUGUCCCCGGUCAACGGUAGCAUGAAUUUGCCGUACAAUGGAAGUGCAAGCAUAUCAACAGCUCCAAAACCGCAAUCUCAGCCCCAAAGACAUAUUCCAUCGGCAUCACAGCAACUAAAUAUGAACAACAUAACUCCUGCUAAUAUUUUGAAUAUGUCAAUGAUGGAACAGAACCCGAUGCAGGCCCCGUCGAGUCAGCAAUCACAGUUGUCACAGCCACAGCACCAGAGCAGCAAUUCCCUCGAUCUGAAUAGCCUUGAUCUCAAUAAUAUCGAUCUCGCGAGCCUUAAUAUGGAUUUCUUACAAUAA